AUGGAUUAUACCGGUAGCAGCCGUGAUGCUCAGCAUCUCUGCGUGCUUGUUCAUGGACUUUGGGGAAAUCCAGUUCAUUUGGAGUCAGUGGCAAAAUCUUUACGAGCGAAACAUUCUGAGGAUACCCUUCAUAUAUUGGUCGCAAAGCGCAACAGUGGUAGCUUUACAUAUGAUGGGAUUGAGUUGGGUGGCGAGCGAGUGACUGCAGAGAUAGAGGAAGAAGUCGAGAAACUUGCGAGAGAGGGUCAAGUAAUUACUAGGUUCUCCAUCGUUGGCUAUUCCUUGGGCGGCCUUGUGGCCCGUUACUCUGUUGGCUUACUUGACAGCAAGGGGUUCUUCGAUAAGAUCAAGCCAGUGAAUAUUACCACCUUCGCCAGCCCACAUCUCGGUGUCCGCACACCUUUGAAAGGAUCUCUCAAUCACAUCUGGAACGUCCUGGGCGCAAGAACUCUGUCAACCUCCGGGCGGCAAUUAUUUACGAUAGACAAGUUUAGAGACACAGGAAGGCCGCUACUUGAGAUUCUGGCAGAUCCAGAAUCAAUCUUCUUAAAGGGAUUAGCCAAAUUCGAGAGAAGGACGUUAUAUGCAAACAUUGUCAACGAUCGAAGCGCCGUUUACUAUACCACUGGAAUUGCAAGCACCGAUCCAUUUUCAAAUCCGGAUAAUGUCAAAAUAAACUAUGUAGAAGGUUACGAAGAUGUUGUUUUGGACAGGCACAACCCAGUUUCCCCUUUGGACAAGUCUAGUCUACAUGCCAAUACGAGCUUCAUGGCCAGCACAAAGAAGACCGUGGGAAAUCUUCCUUUAGUUGCGGCAUUGGUCAUAUUCAUUCCAUUCGGUGUCGUCGCUUUCCUUCUGAACUCUGCCGUUCAAACUGUCCGCAGUAGCAAACGCAUUCGUCUACACGAACAAGGUUUAGCCGGUAUUCAACCAAACGACUAUCGAUUCCCUCUGCUCAUCAAUAGUAUGCGUGAAACCGUCGAAGACGUGUAUGAGAACCUCAAUGCUACCCAAGACAACGAAUACCUCAAUACGCCUUCUGAUUCGGACUCUGAAGAGGCAUCCGCUUCAUCUCCUUUGAUCAGAGAACGGACUAAAUCUUUUCAUAGCGAAAUUGCCGACCCAGAGAAAUUCGGUGUAAUUGCUCCUACUUUGGCGUUAGCACCAUAUCAAUUCAAAAUGAUAGAAGCAUUAGAUAAGGUAGGUUGGCGAAAGUACCCGGUUUUCAUUCACAAGGUCAGACAUAGUCACGCAGCUAUUAUUGUUAGGGUUGACAAACCGAGCUUUGAUGAAGGAAGAAUUGUAUUAAAGCACUGGUUAGAUGAGGAGUUUAUUUUGUGA